UAUCAUGAUUUAUGUCAAAUUUAACAAUUUACAGUGAUACUAAUUGUACUCCCUCGAAACAUUUCUUCCCGAUUGUGAAACGUUGAGGAGUGAUAAUGGCGUGAAAUUUUUUUGUUCCAUUUGGUCCCCCUAGGACGGCCGAAUUACCCGGGAUUUCUUAGCAUUCUCAAACAUUUUUGCAAUCUGGUACUGUAACCCACGCUGGCACUCAUUGGAUUCCAGUUUUGAUAAUGAAAACCUGAACUCAAGUUGUGUACCAGGUUAGGGUUCAGGUAUGCAGCAUCUUGGUGCGCAUACUUCAGGAGUACCUUUUUUGUUUCCUUUGGUAUCCCUAGGAAGUCCUGGCCCAGACUUUGCUGUAUUCUCAAACAUUUUACAUUUUUCCAAUCAGAUGCUGUAACCCACACCACACUGGCACUCCUUGGUUUUGAUAAUUCUCAGUUUCGAUAAUGACAUGGAAAAUUUGUUGGGUGUUUGGCACCCCUCAGACGAUCGCAUUAGCUCUAAUUUCUACAGCACAGACAAGAAAUUUAAAUUGUUACAAUUAUCUUCUGUAUAUUUCUAAUUCUAGAAAUCGAACUAUUAUUGUAUUUUACAUUUUUUCGCUAUAUGAACAGUUAAUAGUGUAUCAGUGAAAUUUUGUCUUUAUAUUACUCUUUACUAAUACAUUCUGAUGUAUUUAUUAUUAAAUUUAGAUCCUAGAAUAGUAUAAAAAAUACUGAUACAAGUGUUAUGUCGUAAUGACCUCUUCAACAUCUUCACAAACGUGUGAAAGUGAUUUUGCCUCAAAGAAACCACAAUUAAAUGGAAAUGGAAACCAAAAGCCACAGAACAUUGUUUCAUUUUUGAGGAAUUCUACCACAAAUGGCAAACGUUUGAGGAGAUAUGAUAAGCUUCCUCAAGGUUAUAUUCAAUCUUACCAAGAGAGAUUCAAUGAUGUAGGUGAGUUGCCAGUGAAUGUCAGGGAAUUGUUCGAUUUUGCAAGAGGAGAAGAUCUCAAUUUGAAGGAUGUAGAUUUGCUGGCAUGUUUGAAAAACAUUCGUAAUGUGAUUGUCAUAAAAUCUAAGCCAGCAGCAGAAGAGUUUUGUUAUGCGGGUGGAAUAGAGAUCAUUAUUGACAUACUGGUUCGGGCAUAUUAUGAUACUUCUCUUGAUAUUUCUCAAAAUAUUCAAAUCAAGAAAAUAUGGAAAGAAGAGAUUAAGGGAGUUCUUUAUAUGCUGCAGAUCUUGGUUUUUGCAGCACAACGUGUACCCGUCUCACUCUCUCAUUUCUUAGAUCGUCCCCAUUUGUUGCACUUUCUGUUCAGUUGUUUGGCCGAGGGUCGGAAACAGAUAUUUUCUGAUGCCUCAUUCCUGUUGGAAGAAAGUAUAUUAUCUUCAUCACACAGCAUUGAUAUGAGAAACAUUGCUUGCUUACGCACGAUAUUGGAAAAACAACUCCCAUAUCAACAAGAAGCACAUUUGUUCCAUAUUAUAUCAACAAUACUAAGCGCACAUGAAAGCCAUUUUUCCGGUGAUGCUUCACUCGCAGAAGAAGAUAACUUAAUGGUUAAUAACGCAAGGGAAGGACUCGACCAAUCACAUAAUGCUUUCUUAGAAUAUCUCAUCGGUUCUGAGACUUUUUUGAAAAGAUUGUUCAAGAUAUCAUGUCGUGAGUUAGCGGUUCCUGUUCCAGACUUAUUGCCCAAUGAACCAAUGUUUCCUAUGAUAAAUAGUGAUGACUAUGAAGAUCCAAUGGAAGAACUACGAGCCUCCAUUGUAACUGGACCACAUGUAUACGAACGUUUAGUUUAUCAAAAUUCACUUUAUGUUGAGAAAUCUAUCCGAUCUGACGCAUUACUUCUCUUAAGUGUGCUGCUCACAGGGAAAUACAAGGACCAGAUGCAAAAAAUUCUACUGGAACACAAAGUUGUGCAAAGUAUGGAGAAAACUGCUGAAUCAAUAAUCUGGACUCCAAUGAGGGGAUUCUUAUCCAUGCCAGAAUCUCGGUCGCAAUUCGGAGCUAUUUCGAUGGUAAAAAUUCAAUUUCUACGUUUCAUCUAUUCCAUAUCAGACCAUCACCUGAACAGAUAUCUGUUGCUGAGUAAGGAAGAAUUAAAUGAAUUACAGGAUAUAUCUGAAAAAUACUGCAUCCCCUUGCGGCAGGAUUUCGCUGACAUAGAUAGAGACAAUUGUUGUCUUAAACAUCCUGGAAUAUUGACGAGCAUCGUUCAAAAGAUGAAAGCUGAAUCUGAUUCCUCUCGUAUCAGGUUCUGGAUGGCUCGUGCAUUGGAAGCAUUUCUUCGCGGCAAACCUUCAAAAGCUGACCAGAUUUUCUUCAUGAAGAAGGGCCUACUUGAGGAAUUAUUUCGAGUACUUUUAUCAACGGAGCAGCCACGAUCCUGGGUCAUCCAAGGUCAUUUUGAUCUCCUUGCUACUUUGAUGAAGGGAAGCGUUUAUGCUUUUAGGAAGUUCGCUAAAAUUGUGGACUCACAACGAACAUUUCUUGUACUAUGCAAUUUGAUUGAAACAAACUUAGUUGACUCAAACAUGUUUAUUCGAUGUGUAAUUUUAACAAUCAACAACUUUGGGACCUCUGUCAAAGAUUGCCGAAUUUUGGAAUAUUACAACGAUCGUGAUAAAAGGGUGCAAGUCAUUGCAAGCCUCAUUGCAGUGUUGUGUGUCGAACCAUUAAGUCAGGACAAUGUUUGUUGCCUUAACACUUGUAUUAUUAUUCUGUAUAUUGCGUGGAAGAACAAUGAAUUGCCAAGAUAUCUUUCAUCUAUUUUUGUUCACGGUUCCGAUAUUUUAAAGAAACUGUUGGAAUUGCUAGGAUUUUGGCUCAAGCAUUACAGUUAUCCUUUCAAACAGAAUGAUGUAAAGUCUCUGGAAGAAGGCACAUGGAUUGCAUUCUCUGAAUGGAAAGCAUUGGCAAAAGAACUGAUUAAUGAAGACACAACUUCACCCAAUGCAAUCAAGCACCAUCUUGCCUCCGGAACAUCAGGAUACGACCUUAGGCCAACAACAGUGGCAUCCACAAGAAUUGCUAGGUGGAGAAAUUGUAGCUUAGAAAGCAAAGAUAACCACAACCCUCAAACCAACUCCCCCUAAAAAAAUGCACAAAAUGGAAAUUCCCAAGAAAAAGCUUUUUAGCAUGCAAGUUUCUUUGGCAAACAUCUCCACAGACUCCAAAGAAACCAAAUUUUGAUCAUAAAACUUUUUGGGAAUGUAAGCUGUCUUUACAAUUUUAGAGUUUCCUUCUGAUAUUUCAAGUCUUAUUUCGUCCUAUUCAAAAGAAGAAUUUACAAUUCUGACAAUUCUUUGAAAUAUGAUUCCAAAUCCAAUACCAAUAAAAACGUACAAAACUUUGACUCCAUAGCCUAACAUUAAUUAGCAGGAAAAAGUAGUAGUCCUUUACUUUCAAUCCUUAUUGCGAUAUAUAAAGUGAUGUAUGCUAUGAAAUAGCAAAAUGCCAAAAAAGGGAAAUUUUCGAACGCAAGGUUCAAAUUUAUUACCCUGAAAAUGUGAAAUAUUUGGACCACAGGUGAAAAAAACUCAGGUCAUGGUUUGACUUAUUGCUAUUAUUAACAUUUAUUGCCAUUUCUUUAAUUUCUUAUCAUGAUAUUUCUGAUUAUAUGAUAAAGUGUACCUUUUGUGUUACUUUUCUGCGAUUUAUUUAUAUUUAAAAUCAAGUUCUUAUAUAUUCUUUCUUUUCUUGAUGAUAUAAAUCAUGUAGUUCUGAUUAUAUCGACUUUUUUCAAUAAAAUAUUUCGUAACAUUAAUAUUACUUUAAAAUUGUUUGAAAGUAGAAUUCUGAACAGAAAGUGAGAAACUGCUUGGCUUAGAAAGUCCGACUUUGGCCAAACAUAAUAAAGUGAUGAAUGCUAUGAAAUUGCAAAAUGCCGAAAAAUAAUAAUUUACGUAUGCAAGGUUAUCUGCGCUAAUCUGAACAUGUGAGAUAUUUGGACCAAGUCAUGGUUUGACUUAUUGCCUUCAUUGGAAACGUUUAGUGGCCAUAACGAUCGUUUCAAAAUUUUGUUGUUAUUGUUAUUUGUCUCCGUCUCCAUUUUUAAAAAAUCGCUUUUCUCUUCGAAUACUGGACCAAUUGCUUUGAUAUUUUCAGUGGUU